CCUCUGUAAAAAAACGCAAACUACAGGGACCAGGGUGCACCAGCAAGCAAGCGACCAUUUCUUUCUCCACGACUCCACCAGCGCCGCCUCUUUGCCCCCAAUCUCUCUCCGCCUCCACCGCGAUCCCAAGGACCACCAAACCCUAGCCCGAAGGCCCCCCUCCUCAGUCCACCAUGGCCCACAGCAACCUCCCCCGCCGCAUCAUCAAGGAGACGCAGCGGCUGCUCAGCGAGCCAGCUCCAGGAAUCAGUGCCUCGCCAACGGAGGAGAACAUGCGCUACUUCAAUGUCAUGAUCCUUGGCCCGUCGCAGUCACCAUAUGAGGGAGGAGUUUUCAAGCUUGAACUAUUCUUGCCUGAAGAAUAUCCAAUGGCUCCACCAAAGGUUCGAUUUCUCACAAAAAUUUAUCACCCUAACAUUGACAAGCUUGGUAGGAUAUGCCUUGAUAUUUUAAAGGACAAGUGGAGUCCUGCCCUUCAGAUCCGAACAGUUCUUUUGAGCAUCCAGGCGCUGCUCAGUGCCCCAAAUCCUGACGAUCCACUUGCUGACAAUGUUGCAAAGCACUGGAAAUCUAAUGAGACUGAAGCUGUGGAAACAGCCAAAGAGUGGACUCGUCUAUAUGCCAGUGGAGAGUGAGCUUUGCACGAUGCAAUGCUUGCUUGGUAAUAAUCUUCGUGGUGGAGCUCAACUUGAACAACCAUUGGCUGGUUACAUUUGAAACUGAAGGGGUCUAGUGAUGUGUCGAAUUUUAUCCUCUUUAUGAUGUGUCCUACAGUCUGAUGUACAUUAAUCUAGCUGGGCUGUGACGAACCCUCAUACAUGUAAAGUGUUCCUUUGGCAUGUCUGGUACUUGACCUUGAGAGGUUAGAUGAUUAUACAUAUAUCAUAAUAAAUAUGCUGAGAUGAUGUGUGUGCCUGUUAUUUCUUGAA